CUCGAAAUGUGACCUUCUUGCGCCUACGCAGCCAUCCGUCUACACUUUAUUUGGAACAUCUGGUCCUUUUAUUCUAUGUAUAAUGCUCCAGUCGUCAAAAUACAGUUUUCGAAUAAAUAAAAAAACUGGUUGGAUAUGAUGGAAAAGCUCGUUAUUUUCUUAUUCCUGUCACUGGCCACAGCGGAAAAACCUUGGUGGUUAAAAGUAGCUGAGAAACAAGGACCAAUGGUAUGUGCAGAAGAGCAUGUACAAGACGGUGAAAGACGCUUCGCAACACCUUGGACAGGUGGAAAUUUGUGUGGAAAAGAAACCAUUAUCCGGUACUCCUGUUGUUAUGGGUACAGCAGAAUGCCUGGUGAACCUGGCUGUUCAUUAGUAAAAUCACUCAAGAACAUUGUAGAAACUGCAAAAGGUAUAGGAGCGAAGAAAUUCAUCAAGCACGCCGAACAAGUUGGACUUCUGCCCCUGCUUAGUAAUCGUGGAGCAUACACAGUAUUUGUAGCAAGAGAUGCUGCUUUCGAGUCUCUUACCAAAGAUCAAGAAAAGACAUUAAAUGCUACUAAACGAUCUCGUAGCAGACCGCCUGUACUCUUAUACACUAUAGCGGAGGGAAGAAUCGAAGCUGAGGAUUUUCCUGAUACACUUACCACGCUUUAUAGAGAAGGAUCUGUUCUGAUCAAGAAAUUUCCAAAUAGACUUCUUGCUGUUAACUGUAUACCUCUAGUUGCCACAAAUUUAGAAGCAACUAAUGGAUUGAUUCACGUAACCGAAUCGUUGCUUCUGCCUCCCGGAAGAACUACAAUAACAGAUUUACUUGCACGAACCCCCACAUUGAGCACAACUGGUACUAUAUUGGUAAGAGCACAACUAGGCAACGAUUUGAGGGACAAGAAACCAAUUACUGUAUUUGCACCUACUGAUGAAGCAUGGGAGUCUUUGCCACAAACAUUCAUGGACGCUUUGAUGGAACAUCCAAGUGCAUUGAAAGUUCUUUUACAGUAUCAUGUCAUUGAAGAUGUAUGGUGCCCUGCUAUAGCAUCAGGAGGUGGUGAAAUGAAAACUCUAGAAGGAAGUACAGUUCAGAUUACAUGCAACUCAUCCGGCCAUUAUGUGAAUGGAGCAUUAAUUGUACACAGAGGUCUCGCUGCCGGGAACGGCUAUGUUCACCACAUCAAUUCUGUUCUCAUUCCUCAGAGAGUCAGAUCCGUCUCGGAAUAUCUACAAGAUCAGUCGUUUAACUACUUUCUAAAACUGGCUGAAGUAGGUGGCAUACUUCCCUUGCUUCAACGUCAAGACAUUUACACGUUGUUUAUCCCAGAUGAUGAAGCUUUUGAAAAUCUUUCCAACGAAACUUUGACAAACAUUUUGAGCCAACCAAAUUUAGCAAGAUCAGUUGUAGCUUUCCACAUAAUAUCAGGAAGACAGUUAACGUCAAAUAUCAUCGAUGGUGAAAAGCUUCUCACUCUUCAAGGCUCUGAAACCCUACUUCGAUGCAAAAUGCACAAGAAAAGACUAACCAUUGAAGGAGCUCUGGUGAAAGAAGCAAACAUUGAGACCCGCAAUGGAAUCCUUCACAUCAUCGACCGAGUUCUCAUACCACCUGAGAAAACAAUAUUGGAAAUUUUCAGCGAAGGAAAUUACAGUAUCUUCGCCAGCUUAUUAAAUCAGACAGAGCCAAAUUUAUUGAAACUAUUGGACAACUCUUCAGCCGUGUUUACAGUAUUUGCUCCAAGUGAUGAAGUGAUAAAUGUAAUGUCUCCUGGACUAUCUAGUCGUUUAAUUUUGGAUCAUUUAUUGCUUUAUAAGAUUAUGUCACUUCAUAUUCUACCAUCUUAUGUUGUUAGCAAUAGUUUAGAGCCGUCAUUAACGUAUUCUUUCUCUACUAUUGGAAAUAGCUCAAUAACCGUUACGAAAGAGGCAGGUGGAUCUCUUACUAUUGGACGAUUUGUUGAAGUGGUUAUGUCAGACCAACAAGCCAUAAACGGUGUUUUUCACGACAUUUCUCGACUAAUUCAAACUUGAACGUUUGAAUAUUUCUUCUGAAACCUAACUCCUGCUUUGUUACAAAAAGAAAAAAAAACCGCUUUGGUGUUAUUAAUCAUUUUUCUAAAACGUAAAUAUGGUUUAUACGAGAGUUUGAAAAAUAAAAUUUUAU